AUGGCAUCUCUUUGCAGGCGCAGCCCAGGAUGGGGGGGAGGUUCCCAACCCUCCGCUGCCGUCGUCGCCAGCCUCCUGCGACUCCUCAGCUCCCUCGCUGAACUUCCCGCUCGUCUCCUUCUCUGGCUUUGCGCCUCGCCCUUCUUCCUCCUUGUGCGAGCUUUCUUCGGCACUUUCUCUCGCAGACGUCCACACCGAGAGAUACGAGGCUCGACAACUCGCAGACCUCAACGCGAACGAGUCCUCCCCGAGGCCUCCAGCGCCGCAUGCGGGCUUCCGCACACGUACACCGAAGUCCGCAUUUCUCAGCUGUUCUCCCUCCUCUGCGCUCACUUCGUUCGUUUUCCCAUCCUCUUCUUCGAGCUUCUCGUUGCCAUACGCUCACCCUCCUCCUGCCUAUUUGUCUUCUGCCUCCGCCGUCUCUGCGCGUUUUUCACUGCGGCGCGUCGCCCAUGUUCGUUCUCUGUGUCCUCGUCCGCGCCUCUUGCCGCAGAAGCUGCAUCUUCUGUCCUUCCUUCGCUGCUGAGCGUACCCCGCCCCCACGCAGCCACUGCAGCUGUGCGGUUUCGCGAGUCGCGCCGCGCGGAGGGCCUCGAUGGCGGAGAAGUCGCAGACGCAGACGCGGUGGGCGUCACGGAAGCGGACGAUCCGCUGAGGAGUCUCACAUCAACUCGAAGCAGGCGCCGCUUCCUGAACGCGCAGCCAAGCCCCUCUAGAGCUGCGAAAGCGCGAAGGAACGCGAGCGACUGCGAAGUUUUCUCCAGUCGUCGCUGGAGCAGCGCGCAGGCCGAGCAGCAUCAGCGACAGCCCAGGCGCUGCCUACCAAGAAGGCCCAGAGGAAGCGCUCCAAAAAAGUUCAUUAACGCUUCUAGUCAGGCGCACGCAUCUGGCCUAGAUGGCGGCGACGCAGCCCGAGGAGGGGAGACGCUGAGGCAGGAGAACCGGCGCCUGGGCGAAGCUGCGGCGCCGCCAGGCGGAUGGAAACCUCCGGCAGCGACGGGCUGCCGCCGAGGGGGCAGGCGCGGAGUGGGCCCAGGCUACGAAGCGUCUGCGGAGCCCACAGAGCGCCACAGCGAGGUUCGAUGCGAAAUGAUAAGCCCUGAAGUGCCUCUGGCCUCGCCGUCGCCGCGGAGAGGCCCUAGCAGCGAUCUGGCAGGACCACCAGAGGCAGCAUCCGCCGCGACGAUGAAGCGCGGAGUCGCCGCGACGAUGAAGCGCGGAGUCGCCGCGACGAUGAAGCGCGGAGUCGCCGCGGCGACGCCGCGCUUCAUCCCGGAGAUUUCCGCUGCUUCAAGCGACUUGCACUUGCCUGGGCGCGUCUGCCAGAGGCUUGUCCGUCUCCCCGCCCCCGCGCGGAGCCAGACGUGCUUCCGGCGCGGGGCCCACCCCGCCCGUCGCCUCCCACGGCCCUGCAUGCGCGGCCCUCGCCGCCGCCUCCGUCGUCGGUUGGUCACGCCUCUGGAAGGCCCUGGGUGCCUGUCUUGCCGCCGCCCCACUGCCUCCUCCUGGAGCCACUCUCUCGUCGUCUGGCGGUGCUCGUCCUGGGAUCCAUUUCGCUUCUUCCUCGCCCUUUUCUCUCCCGCUGCCGUGACCCGCGUCCGCCCCGCGAGGGGGGCCCGGGGGGUUGUCGCGGCUGCUUGCCGCUGCCUUCUUCGUGUCUUCCAUCUUCUCCGACUCCGCCUGCUUUCGCCGCACGUCGUGUGCCUUCCGCGCCUCCUCCGCCGUCUUCUGCGUCUUCGGCCUUCUCUGCUCCCCCCUUCUUCUGCUUCUUCCACGGUGUCUGCUUCUCAGCACGUCUUCGCCACUACGACUCCAUUUUCGCCCGCUCCUGGACCCGGUUUGCCGAUUCCCUCUGCUUUGAACUGCGUGUCCGUAUCUUCGUCCUUUUCCUCGCAGACUGCGGCGUCUUCUUUUCCUUCUUUGCCCAGCUCCUCCCCUGAUUUUCCUUCGUCUUUCCCGCUCGGCAGGCGGCGAAGUCUGCCAGGGGAGGACGUGCUGCGGGGCUUUGUGGGCGGUGACGCCUCUAGCGCUCACACCGGCCGGCGCAUCCCUGAAAGAGGCGUUCCAUCCGCCUUUUUUUCGUCUUCUCCGCCUGCAGCGAGGUGCCUGCCACCGCCUACCGUUGCGUGCCUGCUUGCCGCCGUCUCCUCUUCGCCGCAUGUGGAGGAGGAAUCAAGGCGGCGGAGGCAUCUCUCUGCUUCCCUCAGGCAGCGGAACAGAGUCUGCAAAGCUCUGUCGCAUCGCAGCGGCAACUCGGGUCCUUCGAAAUCCACUCUUCCUUCUUUUAGUCUCUCUCCCCACUCUUCGUCCCCUGCGGUCCCCCCUGCGCCUCCUCCGCCCGCCCCGCGCCUCUUUCUGCGGCCGCGCGCGGCAGCACGCGGCGCGCAGCGAGCCCAAAACGCGAGAAACUGGGCAGACUCUCAGAGCAGAUACGAUGCGGGGGACAGACAAACAGCCUCUGCACGCACUGAGGCCGGUGGAGGAGAACGCGACUAG